CCACUAACUUUCCUUCCUUUCCUUUCCCUUCCCUUUUCCUCUCUCUCUCUCUCUCUCUCUCUCUCUCUUUCACUUUCUCUUUAACCCUCCGCAACUCGUUCCUCUCUCUCCCUUCUAACUCUAUAUUACACACAAACUAAUAAAAUUUUACACGCACACCCACAAAACAGAAAAAACAAAAAACAGUGUUUGGUAAAAAUCAAUCAAAACCAAGAAGCAAAAAGAGAAGAAGACCCAUGGCGAAGAAGAGGAAAUCGGAUGCCACGCGCUUGGACGAGGUCGAUCGAAGCAUGUACACCACUUUCUGCAGCGCCGCUAACUCUCUCUCCCAGCUUUACUCCCAAGCCAUGAACCACCAGCGACUCUCUUUCCAAGCCGGUGAACGCCACGCGCUGGAGAAACUUUAUCAAUGGGUUUGGAGACAACAAGAAGAAGGAUCAAGAGUGACAACAGUGGAUAUAGUAGCUUAUUUGCAGAAUGAGCUUGAAUAUGGAGCAGAUGAGCCUCCAAUGUCCCCUAGGCUUCCAUUUCAAAACCAGCAUGCCCCGAAUGCCAACUUAAACAAUUUGGGAGCUGCCAUCUCUUCUAGCCCUUUUGGGCCAGCAACUGUUGGGCAGGGAGUUCGUUCUGGGCAAUCUGAUAAUCAGGGUAAGAACUCUGUAUUCUCAAAUGCUCUAUCGAGCCCUGUUCGUCGGAGUCUUCAAUCCUAUCAGCUAGCACAAGGUGGUUGCCAUUCAAACAAUACUAUGUCAUCUGGAAAUGGACCCCGCAAUCAUGAGGCAAACUAUGCUCAUCACCAUAACCGGGAUACCAACUCACCAAGUUCUAAUGAUUGCAUGGACAUGCAUGCAGAUAGUCCAGGUCAUGAUUUUCCAUACUGAAAAUACUGGUCAGGGAAAAAAGGUAAAAAAGAAAAAGAAAUGUUUCCCUGCUUGAAUUUCUGUUUGGUGUAGUCUUGUGUGAUCAGAGAUGUUGAAACUACUGCAAAUCUAGAAAAUUUCAAUUUUUAUUUAUUUGUUUAUCAUUUCUGGUCACAAUUGUUUGCUUGAUAUGAAUGUAGGGGCUAAUGAAAGAAGUAACAAAUGAAAUAUAGCAAUAAUUUCAAUUUGUAA